GCGCGGGGGGGUGGUGGUGCUGGAGCCAUCUUGCUGCCCCCAGCGCGGCGGGCGUUUCACCCCCGCUCCCCGUUAUGGCAGAGCAGGAGCAGCCCUGGGGAGGCCGCUCAGGCCUCGCCUCCAGCCCUUUGCAGGCCCCGAGGAAAGACCAAAACCCACCUGCGGACAGAAGUAACUUCCAGAAGUGAAAGCCAUGUUACUGAAGAUCAUCUUGUCUUCUGGAAAUAGAAACACAGUGAACAGAUGAAUCUAUUCAGCCACACAUUCCUCCAGUAGAUAUCUCUCAUCAUGGAGCACCACAGCAGGGAGGAGAUGGACUCGAAAGAGGAAAGUCCUCAGGUGUGGGCUGACUCUGCUGAGCAGGAACAGAAUACUGCUCAGGUGCACUUCGUCCCUGAAGGGGGGGCAGUGGCACAGAUCGUCUACAGUGAUGACCAGGACCGUCCCUCGCAGCAAGUGGUCUACACGGCAGAUGGCACCUCCUACACCUCCGUGGACACCUCGGAGCACACGCUAGUUUACAUCCAUCCCGUGGAAGCUACGCAGACUCUGUUUACAGAUCCGUCCCAAGUGGCUUACGUCCAGCAGGAUGCUACCACGCAGCAGGUAACUGUGCUCUUGCCUGCUGCUGCUCAGAGCAUGAAUCCCACCAACCUGUCCGUGCUCGGCAACGUUGCCGAAUCCCCCCAGCAAAUGGCUCUGGAGCAGGGUCCACAAGCAGAUAGAGCAUCGCUACCGGUGCAUAACCAGGUGUUACCUCCUAUGGAGGCAGUGGAUGGUUCUGACCCUUUAGCACCUCUGCAGAAUCAAAUGGGAAGGAUGGAAACAAAAGAGGAAGAUGACGAAGAUGAGGAUGAGGAGGAAGAUGGGGAAGACACUGACAUGGAUGAAUGGGAUCCAGAUCCACCUCGACCUUUUGAUCCCAAUGAUCUGUGGUGUGAAGAAUGUAAUAAUGCGCAUCCCUCUGUGUGUCCAAAACACGGACCGCUGCAUCCAAUCCCAAACCGGCCCGUGCUGACCAGGGCGAGAGCCAGCCUCCCCCUGGUGCUGUACAUAGACAGAUUUCUGGGAGGUGUGUUCUCCAAAAGGCGUAUCCCUAAACGCACACAGUUUGGACCCGUGGAAGGACCCCUGGUUAGACAAACUGAACUCAAAGACUGCUACAUCCAUUUGAAGGUGUCUCUUGAUAAGGGUGACAGAAAAGACAGAGAUUUGCAAGAGGACUUGUGGUUUGAACUUUCUAGCGAGGCUCUUUGUAACUGGAUGAUGUUUGUGCGUCCCGCUCAGAACCAUUUGGAGCAGAACCUGGUGGCGUAUCAGUACGGCCACCAUAUUUAUUAUACGACAAUUAAAAACGUGGAGCCCAAGCAGGAGCUUAAGGUGUGGUAUGCUGCCUCUUAUGCAGAGUUUGUGAACCAGAAGAUCCAUGACAUAUCUGAGGAGGAAAGGAAGGUUCUCAGAGAGCAAGAAAAGAACUGGCCGUGUUACGAGUGCAAUCGUCGUUUCAUGAGCUCAGAGCAACUCCAGCAGCACCUCAACUCCCACGAUGAGAAGCUGGACUUCUUCAGCAGAGCCAGAGGCAGAGGUCGUGGGCGAGGAAAGAGGAGGUUUGGACCAGGCAGACGCCCGGGGCGCCCGCCCAAAUUCAUGCGUAUGGAAGUAACCAGUGAAAAUGGCGAAAAGUGUGAAGAAGGGACACAGGACUUGCUGCAUUUUUCCAGCAAGGGGCAGUUUGAUGAGGCCGGACAAACUACACUGAAUGGGCUGGAGCAGCAGGAACAGACUCCAGUGCCAUCAGAGACUCAGUCGGCACUGGAUCAGCAGUCAGAAAGCCACCCGCUGCAAAUCCAGCCGCAGCACGAUGAGAGCACGGUGCCUACGCAGAGCACCAUGACGGCAGAUGACAUGAGGCGAGCAAAGCGUAUCAGGAAUGCAGCUCUUCAACAUCUGUUCAUACGGAAAUCUUUUCGCCCGUUCAAAUGCCUGCAGUGUGGGAAGGCCUUCCGGGAAAAGGACAAACUGGAUCAGCACUUGCGGUUUCAUGGACGGGAAGGGAACUGCCCUUUGACCUGCGAUAUCUGCAACAAGGGCUUCAUCAACAGCAGCGCUCUCGAGAGCCACAUGAAGUUCCACAUGGACCAGAAAACGUACUCUUGCAUUUUCUGUCCCGAGUCCUUCGACCGCUUGGAUCUGCUCAAAGAUCACGUGGCCAUCCAUGUCAAUGACGGCUAUUUCACCUGCCCUACCUGUAAAAAGCGCUUUCCAGACUUCAUCCAGGUGAAGAAGCACGUACGCAGUUUCCAUUCAGAAAAGAUUUACCAGUGUACGGAAUGUGACAAGGCUUUCUGCCGUCCCGACAAGCUGCGACUCCACAUGUUGCGACAUUCAGACCGCAAAGACUUCCUGUGCUCCACAUGUGGCAAGCAGUUCAAGAGGAAAGACAAGCUGCGAGAACACAUGCAGAGGAUGCACAACCCAGAAAGAGAGGCCAAGAAAGCUGAUCGAAUCAGCCGCUCAAAAACCUUCAAGCCUCGGAUAGCUUCCACCGACUACGAGAGCUUCAUGUUCAAGUGUCGCCUGUGUAUGAUGGGCUUCCGCCGGAGGGGGAUGUUGGUGAAUCAUUUAUCAAAGAGACAUCCAGACAUGAAAAUAGAAGAGGUGCCAGAACUCACAUUGCCUAUCAUCAAGCCCAACAGAGAUUACUUCUGUCAGUACUGUGAUAAGGUGUACAAAAGUGCCAGCAAGCGCAAAGCACAUAUCCUGAAGAACCAUCCUGGUGCUGAGUUACCUCCAAGCAUCCGCAAGCUGCGCCCUGCAGGCCCAGGAGAGCCAGAUCCCAUGCUCAGCACCCACACCCAGCUGACGGGCACCAUAGCCACUCCUCCAGUCUGCUGUCCUCACUGCUCCAAACAGUACAGCAGCAAGACAAAGAUGGUACAACAUAUUCGCAAGAAGCACCCGGAAUUUGCUCAGCUCCCUAACACGAUACAUGCGCCACUGGCAACAGCUGUCAUCAGUUCCACUCCUGCUGUUCUAACCACUGACAGCACUACCGGAGAGACUGUUGUGACAACAGAUUUACUGACCCAAGCGAUGACAGAGCUGUCCCAGACCCUCACAACAGACUAUCGAACUCCUCAGGGAGAUUACCAGCGAAUCCAGUACAUCCCUGUGUCUCAGUCGGCAACUGGCUUGCAGCAGCCUCAGCAUAUACAGCUGCAGGUUGUUCAAGUGGCUCAGGCUACCUCACCUCACCAGUCCCAGCACUCCACAGUGGACGUCGGGCAGCUUCACGAUCCCCAGACAUACACCCAGCAUGCCAUCCAGGUGCAGCAUAUCCAGGUCACAGAGCCAUCCCCAGCAACUCAGUCGUCAUCGCAGGUUGGUGGUCAGCCAUUGAGUCCCUCCUCACAACAAUCUCAGCAGGAACUCAGCCCCUCGCAGAUGCAGACAACUACAUCUACCCAAAACCCAGCCCUCCAGCAGCAGCAAGGUUCUUCAGUCCAGCACACGUAUCUUCCCAGCACGUGGAACUCAUUUCGGAGCUAUUCAUCUGAGAUUCAGAUGAUGGCCAUUCCCCAAGGCCAGUACGUGAUCGCAGAGACAGCUGUAGGUACACCUGUCACGACUGUCAACACAGGGCAAGUGAAAGCAGUUACCCAGACUCAUUAUGUGAUAUCUGAAGGUCAGCCUGAUCUGGAUGUCAAACAAAACUCUUCGCUCUCCAGUGAGGUACAGGUCGGUGUUUCCCAGCCUUCAGCCCACACUGAUACCUUGGAAUCUCAAACAAGUAAUCAGCAGCAAACCACCCAGUACAUAAUCACUACAACCACCAAUGGGAACGGGGGCAGUGAAGUGCACAUCACUAAACCGAGAACUUUCUCAGCAGAACAUGAAUGAAGAAACCCUGUGGUGUCACUUGCUCGUACUUUUGACCUCCCCAAAAAGCCCAAAUAUAUGGGUAUCCUGGAGCUCAUGAUUUAAAGUAUAUGCUCACUUAACUUCAACUAAAAUCUCGGAGCUCUUGUUAAUGCUUUAAGAGGGUGUAAGUCCCCUGUGACAAAGAAGAAGUACCCUCAAAAUCCUUCUGGGAUGCCACUUUAUGCAGCUUUUAACAAAAAGGACAAGAAGAGAAAUGGAAUCUCUGCUUGCCCUGGAGUUUAUUUUUUGGCAUGUCUGCUGACCCUUAUUUUUCCUUUUUGGAAGUGUCUCCAGUAAACAACACUUAUUUCAAUGGUAUGGGAAAAAGCUUGCCUGACUGAAGGCUAACUGGCAGAUUAUGUUCUAUGUAUAUUUUUAAUAGGAGCCGUUAAACAAGAGGACAUCAUGUAAAUUGCUGGAGUAUGGCAGAACUGCUUCCUGUGUGUUUGUUUCAGCAGCCGAGGUGAAAGGGAAUAUACCGGCUCGAUAGAGCAGACUGCCUGGAGAAAAAGAGGAGCAGCAAAGUGGUGACUCCUUGUGUAUGUUUGUGGGGAUGGAUAUAACAAUGAAGCUGUGAAGCUGUGCAGAAGCAGUCCAUUAAAUUAUUAUUUUUCCAAUCCUCUAGAACUGUUUACAUGCUGUCUGCCCUGCCCUACCUUACCAAGCAGUUCAGAAGAAGGAAACGUGCAGUCUUAAAACCUUGUUGUUUGGAACAAACUGAUUGGAAUCAUAGUAGUAUAUAACGGUAGUACGGAGCCACUGUUAUCUCUUUUCCCCUCCAGCGUUUGCAGGGAAAUCGCCUUUUUGCCUGAAAAGAAAGGCUCAGCUUAGCCUGCAGAGCAGCUUCUGCUGUGACCUCUAAUGAUAGUUGUGUCAGGAGAAAAUGAGGGUAAGGGAAAGAGAAUAAUCCUUUUCUUUUUAUUUUGAUUUGGAGGUUAUGCAGUCAAAAGGCACUGAAACCUCUGCCUUGCAAUUGCUGUUUGAGACUUGCUUUAGCUUGCAAUGUUUGAAGAGAAGCUGUCUAAAACCAACUCCUGAGCAAGCCUCUAUGAAGUCAUAGGGUAGUCAUCUCUGUUGCCACCUCGAAGUGGAUGUAUUUUUCCCUUGAAGACUGGAUGGAGAGCUGGUUACUCUGAUUUUCCAGAUACCUUGUUAACAACACACUGUAAUUCCUUUGGACGGUUUCAUAAAAUGACCAGCCCUGGACUCAGGAAACACAGAAAAGAAAAAUGCUAGCGGACCACUAUUACAGGACAUAGAAAGCCAUCUGCAAGAGUUGCCUGCUUUGGUAGACCUGGUCUGUGUAUAGAAUUCAUGUUUAGGGACCAGGAGACAGGGAGAGAUAAGUUUUUAUCUUUAAAGGCAGUGUUUUGUUUUGUUUUUUUCCUUACACAAUUCUCCUUCACAGGUCUUGUAGGUUGGUUAUUUAAAUCAUUUUGGUAUUUGCAAGAAUAUGACUACAGCUCCAUUUACUGUUGAUGGGAUUAUACUGUAUGUGUCUAAACUUCCAUUCACUCUGCUUGAAAACUCAUCCCAGAACAUCAGUGCAUAAUAGGAUACCUUUAUUUAAAAAAACAAGAAGUUUUGUCUUAAUGGCCUCUGAGACCUGAGAGCUAGGAAGGGAUCUCAGUUUUUGUUAAUUCACUUUCUCCUGUGCUGCAUUGAGUGUAAAUCUGCAAUUCUUUUUCAUAAGUACUCCCACAGAUUUGGAUGAGGAUUACCAUAUGAAAGUGCUACAAAUGUUUACAGGUUACAGUAUCAGGCCUUACGGUGGUGAAGCUCUUAAAUGAGAGAAUUUAACACUUGGACUGGACAAGUGAAGCCUUGUUACUUGCUGGCAAAGCCUUGUAGCAUGUAUUGCUUGGUAAAUAAUGUAUCUGUUACUAUGGUGUGGAAAUAGUGACUGUGCAUGAUGAGAUAAAUCCUAUUUAAAACACUGGCCAGCUCAGAACUGCUUUGAGGUAGCCUGGAAGUGAUUUGCCAAAAUGUAGAUCAAUUUGUGCCUGGGAUUUCGCUUCUCUUACUCUACCAGUGUAUCGGGGCAUUAACGACUUUUGUACAAGUUGAUGAGGACCUGAGCUCCCAUCUAGUUAAUUGUGGUGAUGAGUGUCUUUUAAUUCAAUGGAUUUGGGAGCUGGUCCACUUUUGCAGCGCAGCCAAGCAACUGUAGUUCCCACUGACUGAGCAUCAGGCUGUUUCAAUGUUGUUCACGUGGGAGAACGGAAGGGAGCUCUUGCCUUGGCUUUUUCUCUGUUUCUAAUUCAAGAAGUAAUGGUACAAGUAAUCAGAAAACAGGAGACCUGGAAAUGGUAUGUUCCAUAGGAGUACUUCUGAAGUCUUUAAAGGUCUGCUCUAUAUAGAUGAAGAUCAAUGCUUUUCUCCUUAAAGCUGUUGCCAGAUAGGAUCAUGGAAUGAGGACACUUGUUCUUGUAUUGAUUAUUUAAAGCUGAAAGCUACUGGGUGUUACAGAAAACCAUUUCAAAGCAGCCUCUUUGAACUUGAAUCUGUCUGAAGUUUCCGCUCUGUCCCACACCAACAGCUGUUUACACAAGCCAUCAGCUUGACACCAGCGUAGUGAUUCACUGCCCCAAGUUAGUGGAUGCCUCAGCUGAGAGAAUCUUCCCUAGGAGUCAAGUGUCAGGAAUAUUCAUUCCAAUGUAAUGAGCCAGAGUGAUUACCCAGCCUGGGGCGAAGAGAGCUGAAGGCCCGGUUUUGGAAUAUAGAAUAGCUGUGCACCACAGUAGUACUGCAGGGCCUGCUUUUACAAAAAUGGGGGGGAAAUGAUUCUUUUCAUGGCUUCUUUUCUCAGACUUCUGCAGUGCAGAAGAUAGAGGUUUUUUUUUUUUGGUGGUGAUUUUUUUUUGUUUGUUUAAACAGCCAACCCAAAGAUGUCCAAUUGAGCUUAAUUCUGGUGUGCCCGGUUACUCGCCAGUGGCGACAUUGUGUGCUAGGGAGGGUACGUGGGGGGCUCUGCUGGGAGCAGUGCGCUUUUCCAUGUCGGUGGUUCCGAUUCCGUACUUUCUGCAGGAACUGCAUUUGCGCCGCUCCCACUGCUAGGUCCUUUAGGGCUAAAGCCAGAGGUUUUCACGGGGUCCUGAAGCUGACAGACUCGUUGCAUCCUCCUGCCCCUCUUCUGUUAUUUAAAUGUGUAUGUUUAUUGUACAUCCAGUGACCGUUAUAGUGUUAAUAGUCGUGUGCUACCUGCCCCGUGUAAAGAAAAAAACCUGAAAUAAUAAAUCUUUUCUUCCCCCCCUCCUUUUUUUAAAUACUGAA